AUGAUUGGGUGGGAUGAUGUGUACAAAGUAAUAGUAGCAAUGGUGCCACUCUAUUUUGCACUAGUAUUAGGUUAUGGUUCCGUAAGGUGGUGGAAAAUUUUCACAAGAGAAGAAUGUGAUGCAAUAAACAAACUAGUUUGUUACUUCACAUUACCCCUCUUCGCCUUCGACUUCACCGCGCACAUCGAUCCAUUCAAGAUGAACUUCUUAUUCAUAGGUGCAGACACUCUAUCGAAGCUAAUCAUCGUUGCGGUGAUUGGCCUUUGGGCCAAGUGUAGUGGCAAAGGAAGUUCUAGUUGGUCUAUAACAAGUUUCUCUUUGUGCACUCUAACGAAUUCGCUCGUCGUUGGAAUGCCAAUGGUGAAACCUAUGUAUGGAGCCUUAGGUGUGGAUCUUGUGGUGCAAGGUUCGGUUGUUCAAGCUAUUGUUUGGCUCACUUUGCUUUUAUUUGUGUUGGAAUAUAGAAGAACGGGUUUAGAAGGUACUAUUAGUAGUACUAGUUUGAAACCAAAGGCUAGUAGUAUUAGUAGUGUGAUGAUGGGUGAAGAUGAAGAAAGGAAGGAUUUAGAGGGAAAUAGAAUUGGUAUGGAUGUGAUAUUACAAGAUGGAAGUAGUAAGCUUCCUUUCUUUGAAUUGAUGAAACGUGUGUGGCUUAAGUUUAUAGUGAAUCCAAAUUCCUAUGCUUGUGUUAUUGGUAUUUCAUGGGCUUUCAUAUCUAAUAGGUGGAAUUUGGAAUUGCCAAGCAUGGUAGAUGGAUCUAUAUUGAUCAUGUCAAGAGCUGGAACAGGCACUGCCAUGUUUAGUAUGGGUAUUUUCAUGGCACUUCAAGAAAAAGUGAUUUCUUGUGGACCAAGUUUAACCAUAUUUGGUUUAGUUUUAAAGUUCAUUGCUGGACCAGCAGCAAUGGCUAUUAGUGCCAUUGUUGUAGGAUUGCGUGGUGACGUUUUACGAAUUGCCAUUAUUCAGGCAGCAAUUCCACAAUCCAUCACUUCCUUCAUUUUUGCUAAAGAAUAUGGAUUGCAUGCAGACGUUCUAAGCACUGCGGUGAUAUUUGGAAUGAUUGUUUCUCUACCGAUCUUAGUUGCCUUCUAUGCAAUAUUGGAGUUCAUUCAUUGA